AUGAAGCCAGGAUCUCGAGGGCCAUCCGGAUCUCCUCAGUCUAACCCUAUCGGACAUCAUCCAGCCGGAAAGCAAAGCCCAAGAAAAAGAGACCGGAGCGAGCAACCACCCCUUUCAACGACGACAUCAUCAGCAUCGUCCUCCUUUUCCAGCGUUGACUCACCCCAGACUCGCUGUGUGAGUACUAGAACUGGCCAAUACAGUUGUCAGAAACCCAACCAGGCGACUUCGAGAUUACACACAGGGAGAUCAACAGGCGAUGAUCGAAAGGCCCCUUCUUCGCAGAUCGAACCCCAAACACAAACACAACGAGAGGUCGCUCAGGCCGUUAGCACAUUCUAUCUACGCCAGAGAGAGCUCUACAAUCCCCUUGUGGGCCAACAGGAGGAAGUGAGCGACAACAUGCCUCAGCCUGAGCGCAACCCACAACAGAGUCUCCCAAAGCUAGUGCCCCGGUCCCAGCAAACUUCAAACCCCGGGGCGCAGAAUGUUGCGGCCCCGCACAUCCGGGAUGUUCGAGCAGAAGUACAAGAUCCAAAGGGGAGAAAGGAGAUCUUUGAGAGGGAGCUCCAGAGGUUGUUGACAUCGAAAACAGAAACUAGAAAGGCCACCGACUUGUCCAAGACAGCAGAACAAUCGAGCAGGCAAGCCCAGGGGACAUGUCAGACGCGGGGGGGAAUGCUGCCAUCCAGGCAUGCGAAUCCCGUCGGCACCAACACUACUCGUGCUCCAGGUCAAAUUUCGGCCAUGGGCAGGAAUGCUUCAAGCACUAGAAGUGGUGCUUCCAGCGAGACUUAUGAUCCGUUCGGCACUCUGGAUACAACAGAAAUCGAGAUGAUGCACGAAUUGAUACUGAAGCAUAAACCUAGUAAAGAUAAAUGA